CUCCCGUUAAUACUGCGACGGCAGAUCGAUCUCAACCCUAGUCUUUCUCCCUAACCCCCUCUCUGCUCCCCCACUCCCUCCCUCUUCUCCUUCGAUAUCGGACCUCCUCUUCUCAUUCUUUUUUCUCCUUGAUUCCACCGUCGUCAUCGCCGCGGUUUCCGCUUUCUGCAUCCCCUCAGGUGGCCCCGGAGUCCGGCAACAAGGCAUCCGGCUCCUCUCCCUCCUUCCAUUUGACUUCCUGUGAACCCGCGUUUGCUCUUCAUGGCGAUCUAGAGGAGGACUGGUUCGAACUCACAUAAUAAAGUCAAAACAGCGUGCGUGGAUACGGGAUGUAGGUAAGCGAGGGAAGAAUUUAUUCUUCUGGGGCGUCCGCAUCUACUUCUCAUGCUUGACCUAGACGAGAUGUUGAAUUGUGGAUAUUGUAAGCUACGAUAGAAUGGAUCCUGAGAGCAAGAAGUUUGGAAGAGGACCUAGGGAGCUUACAGGUGCUGCUGAUUUGAUUAACCGCUACAAGCUGUCAGCACACCAUGAUUUCUUUUGCAAAAGAAUUCUUCCUUUGUCAAUUUCAGACACACAUUAUCUCCACAAUGUUGUAGGAGACACAGAAAUCCGAAAGGGAGAAGGCAUGGAGCUGGGUCAGCUCUUUCAGAGUGCUCCAUACCUGAGAGAGACAACAGCUCAGAUUCAACAAUUCAACUUGGAUAUACUAGGGCAAGCAUUUGAGCUGCGAGAUACUGCCCCUAUUGACUUGCCUUUGUCAGAAAAAGGAACACCAACCAUUCCUGGGAAAUCUAAAGGAGAUUCUAAAGACAAGGGGAGGAAGCACAAAAAACACAAGGUCAAAGAUAGAGAAAAGGACAAGGAGCAUAAGAAGCACAAACGUCGACAUAAAGAUCGGAGUAAAGAUAAAGACCGAGAGAAAAAGAAGGAUAAAAGUGGACAUCAUGAUUCUGGUGGUGAUCAUUCAAAGAAACAUCAUGAGAAGAAGAGGAAACAUGAUGGUAAUGAAGAUUCAGUAGAUAAUCACAAACACAAGAAAAGUAAGGUAGUUGGCAUGCAUAAGAGUCUAAAGAUUGAAGAAGUGGGAGGGAUAAAGGUUUCAAGCUGAUAGAAGUUGACUACUUGUUGUCUGUCUUCAUUGUCUCACUAUCAAGCAUUCUGUUGGAGAAGAUUAGUUCGAAGGAUUUCUUAUCUUGCACCAGAAUUCUUUGAGGAACUCCAUCGUUCAAGGAUUGCCAUUCUGUGUGAUACCAUUUUGGCACGGGCAGAAAAAAAAGGUCUACUCAUAUGUCUGCACCUCAAUGUUACGUCAGCACCUUGGCAUGGGUCAGCAUUGUGCACACGAAUUCUUUUCUGGCGUGGUGCGUUCCAUUCUCACAUUGGUCGGAACAACAAGCUUUGCCAGUGAUCACACUUUAAUAUUUAUAUGAGUGUUUUUCUUAAAGUAACUUUGCAUUUUGGUUUCUGGGUGAAGAUGCAAGUUUUUGUAUCAUCGCUUUUUCAUCUAACUUUCUUCUUAACUUGGUGCAUCACCUGGCAUGUUCUCUGUAGUUCAUGAAUUGUUCUGUGUAUUUUGUGAUGGCUUGACACGUUUGUAAUUUCAUUGGAUGCCAAGUCCAAAUGUUACGAUUGAUAAUUUUUCCAAACUACCAAAGGAGCAAUGCUACAUGCACAGGAUUCAGAUCUUGAACAAAACUGAGAUAAACCUUUUUUUUUUGGCAGGUUAUUAAUUACCAGGAAUGCUCCUGCAAUUUUGUACUUGUGAUCUAAGAUGCACAUGCAAUCUGCAUGUCACAACAUUUAUACUUUUAAUGUCUUAAGUUAUUUUUGUUGAUACAUCAUAACUAUAUAAAGACAAAUGAGAUCCAUAAUCCAUAUUACAUGUUCCAACCCUAGAUUUUAUUCAAGAAAAAAUAAUAACAAUAAAGACACCAAAUAACAAGACAAAGUUAAUGAGUUAAGAGGUAUUGGGUUCUCUAUCACAAUUGGCUUUUUCUAAACUAAAUUUAUAGCUCAUGGCUCAGCAACUUUAAAUAUUUUAUAUGUUGGAGCUAGUGAUUUAACCAAAAUGUUUCUGUAGCAAGUCACAGCUCACAAUAAUGAACCAAUUAGCUAGAACACCCACAUGUUAAACCUCACUUGUACUGUAGCCUAAAAUGUUUCACUUUUCAGUAGGUCAGCAGUAAUCUUGGGAUAUUUUAGUCCCUUUAUGAGGAAGAUCAUGAUGUGAUGUAUAUUCUACAAGUAAAUGUGGUCUUUAAGGCAUAGAAUUCUCUUCCUUUAGUUGAUUUUGUGGUUAUUAAAAAAUAGUUCUGAAGUUGAAAAUAAAGGUAAUUCUUGUAUUAUUGCAAUUAUUUGUCAUAAUUAGUUUGUUUGUACAUGUACAGUGAAUUCAUUUCUUAAUGGCAAUCAAUUUGUUAUUAUCUGGAGUGGUGGAUCAUUUUCUUUUAAAAAUAUUAGGUGUAACUUCAGUCUUCAUCUGUAGGUGAUGAGAAAUUUACACUACGUAUAUUUGGUUUAAUAUGCAUGAGAAAAGAACAAUAUCUGCUUGA